AUGCUCAGCUCCGGCCGAGGACGGCCCUCCCCUUCCCGAGGCUUCCCGGAGGGAGCCGGCGCCAGCUCAGGCUCCGACCGGCCAGCUCUGCAGGACUCGAGCCGAGGCAGCCAGUACACCCGCGCAGUGAGGCGACGGACCGGGGAGGACCGCCGCCGCGGCCCCAUGAAGGGGGUGAGACUGACGGGCGCGCGGGCCAAUGCGGAGGCAGAAUUCAGGGCUGGGAAAAUUGAGCCGAGUCAUCCCAUCUGGCGGCUACCCCGGGAGCAGCAGCUCUGCGCGGUGACCCGGGCUCCAGCCGCACCUGCCGCAUCGCCACGUGACCGCAGUUCCAUGGACCAAACACCGGGAAGAAUGCUGGGCCAGCCCCUUUCCAGCCCCACCACCCAGUCCAAGAAGAAAAGCAUGUCAGUGAUGUCUUUCUUUUCCAAGGUCUCUUGGAACCUGAGGCUUCAGAAGCAGGAACCUCUGAAGAAUGUGUUUUUCAUCUUGGCAGAGACAGCCCGGGACCCCAGUGUUAAAAAGCGUCAUAUGGUGAUGAGAGGCCUGGGAACCAUGGCCUGUGAGACCCCGGACAAGGUGAGAAAGUAUAAGAAGAUUAUCCUAGACCUGCUGGUGCACGGUCUGUAUGACCCAGUGAGCUCUGAAGUCAUCCAUGAAAGCAUGAAGACCCUGACCAUCAUCCUGGGCAAGAUGCAGGGAAAAGCCCUGGGCUCCUUCUUCAUAGACAUCACCCUCCAGACCCGGACUCUGCUCGAUGAUGAGAAUGACAGCCUGAGAUACUCGGCCUUUGUCUUGUUUGGGCAACUGGCUGCACUUGCUGGACGGAAGUGGAAGAGGUUCUUUACCCGUCAGGUGAAGCAGACUCAAGACUCCCUCCUGACCCACUUACAGGACAGGAAUCCCCAGGUGGCCACGGCCUGCAAAACAACUUUUCAAGCCUGUUCUCCAUAUCUGAGACAAAGCAAGGACUACAGCUUCCAGAAUGAGGAGGAUCAAAGGAACCCGAAACUCUGCCGGCAGCUGAGCCACUACCAUCCCGAGCUCCUGCAGUUCUUCUAUGCAAAUAAAAUCCUGUAA